GAAGAGAGAGAUCCAGAGAAACUCCUGCAGUCCAACAGAGAAGUGAUUGUGAAACUUGCUGAAGUGGCUUUGAAACAGCUGAUGAAGGGCAAUGUGAUGUUCUAUGAGGAGGACCUGAUUGAGAGCGGCAUAGACCUCACUGACGCGAUCUUUGAGGAUAUUGCCAUUCAUCAGGGGAAAGUCUACAGCUUUAUUCAUCUGAGCUUUCAGGAGUUUCUCGCUGCUCUCUAUGUGCUUUACUACUAUAUAAAUACACAGCUACAGAAGCACUGACAAUGUUUGCUGCUCUUCAUGAUUUGCUUAAAGCAGCAGUAGAUGAAUCCAUACAAAAUAAAACUGGGCAUCUGGAUCUGUUCCUGCGGUUCCUGCUGGGCAUCUCACUGGAGUCCAAUCAGGAGACUCUUACAGGCUCUACUGACACCCACGGUGGACACCUCACAAACCAUCAGAGAAACAACACAGUACAUUAAAGAUAAAAUUAAACAGGAUCACAUCUCCACUGAAAGAUGCAUCAAUCUGUUUCUGUGUAUGAUUGAAGUGAAUGAUCAGACUCUGUACAGAGAGAUUGAGGAGUUUGUGAGAUUAAACAAACACUCAGAGAAGAAACUCUCUGCUGCUCACUGUUCAGCAAUAGCCUACAUGCUUCAGAUGUCAGAGGAGGCACUGGAUGAGUUUGAUCUCAAGAAAUACAACACAUCAAAUGAGGGAAGAGGAAGACUGAUACCAGCUGUGAUCAACUGCAAGAAAGCUAUUCUUGCUAUUUGUAAUCUCACAGUUGAGUCCUGUAAAAUCAUUGCUUCAUGUCUUCAAUCCUCAAAUUCUCCUCUGAGAGAGCUUGAUGUGAGUAACAAUGAUCUCCAGGAUUCAGGAGUGAAGCUGAUCUCUGAUGCACUCAAGAACCCAAACUGUCAACUAGAAAUACUGAGGUUAUCAGGCUGUAUGGUGACCGAUGAGGGGUGUUGUUAUUUGGCUUCAGCUCUGAGUUCAAACCCGUCACACCUGAGAGAGCUGGACCUGAGCUACAAUCACCUAGAACACUCAGGAUUUCAGCUGCGCUCUUAUCAAAAUGAUCCAGACUAUGCACUGAAGAUACUCAAUCUAGACCACAAUGGACACUUCAGAAUCAUACCAGGACUACAAAAAAUAUGCCUGUACUCUUACUCUAGAUCCAAAACACAGCAAACCCUCAACCUCAUACUGUCUGAGAACAACAGAAAGGUGACACGUGUGGAAGAACAGCAGUUGUAUCCUGAUCAUCCAGAGAGAUUUGAUAAUGUUCCUCAGGUUCUGUGUCAAGAGAGUCUGCCUGGACGCUGUUACUGGGAGACUGAAUGGAGCGGCUGGGGACAUAUAGCACUGGUAUACAGAGGAAUCACCAGAAAAGGAAGUAGUGACUCUUGGUUUGGACUCAAUGAACGUAACUGGAAUCUUUACUGGAAUAGCAGCCUUAAACAUUUAUAAUGUCUGGCACAAUAAUAAGAAAACAGAAAUAUCUGCUCCUUCACCUCCAUCUAAUAGAGUUGGAGUGUAUGUGGACGUGUCGGUCGGCACUUUGUCCUUCUACAGCGUCUCUGACACACACACACUCACACACUUAUACACAUUCAACACCCACAUUCACUGAACCCCUCUAUGUUGGAUUUAAAGUGUAUUCCAACUCCUCAGUGUCUCUGUCAAAAUAAGCAACAAACACACAUAUUCAACAGCAUAUAAACUGAACCCUCUUAAUGCUGGGGUUGAACCCCCUUAAUUGAUGCAUUAAAAUCAAUACAAUUCUCAUUAUGAUUUUACAUAUUAUAUUCUUUAGAAUUUUGGUGAUGGUUCUGUUGUUAUUUUUUCCAAGGAUUAAUAUGAUUCAAGUUUCCUGUAACAUGAAAAAUGCAAUAGUUAUGUCAUGCAAUAAGACUGCUUAACAACCAGGAAAAGUGAAACAAAUUCUUCAAGCUUUGUAUACAGUUUAAAGGUGUGCAUUUAGUAUACAAGGAAAUAAUGUUUAUAAGAUGUGUUUAUGUUUAUAAUAAAAGACUAAUAUUCUCACUUA